AUGCUUUUCAAGUCUGCUCUUCUGGCUGCGGCCUCCCUCUCUUCAUCGGCGCUGGCCGCCUUUGGUGUCACCAAGUCUGGCAGCGACUUCGUCGUCGAUGCCGGCUCAAGCAAUACGUUAGUUUUCACUGUCAACGGCGCAAACUGCGAUAUCACAUCGAUCAUAUACCGUGGCGAGGAGUUCCAGUACGCUUCAAAGGGGUCACACAUCUCGUCUGGUCUUGGAUCAGCUACGGUCUCAUCUACAAUAGUUGGUUCCGUUGCUAAGAUCACUUGCACAACAUCCACUUUAACACACUACUAUGUUGUGAAGUCUGGCGAAUCGACCAUCUACAUGGCAACUUAUACCACCGCCGAGCCCGACAUCGGUGAGCUGCGCUAUAUCGCUCGCCUCAACCCAACAACACUGCCUUCCGAGUACCCCUUUGGUGUUGUAUCGACGACUGCUGGUUCGAGCUCGGCUGUUGAGGGCUCUGACGUAUUCAUUGUCGAUGGACAAACACGAUCGAAGUUCUACUCUAGCGAGCGAUUCAUCGACGAUUCGCGACAAUGUGUCUACCGCGGAGAAGACGUACAUGUUUGCAUGCUGCUCAACUCUCAGUCAUACGAGGCUUCCUCUGGGGGUCCUUUCUUCCGCGACAUCAACUCGAACAACGCUGGUGACUCGACUAACCUCUACUUCUACAUGAACUCUGGUCAUGUGCAGACAGAAAACUUCCGUAUGGGCCUCCACGGCCCGUACGCCAUGGCAUUCACUCGCAGUGGUAUUCCACAAGGUGGCUCGUCGCUCGACACAAGUUUCUUCAAGGAUCUCUCAAUCACUGGAUAUGUCGCCGCCUCCGGCCGUGGACAGGUUUCGGGUACUGCUACUGGCGUUGGCUCUAGCUUCCAGACAGUUCUGCACUGGUUCAACGAUGCCGCACAGUACUGGGUCUACGCUGACAGCGCCGGCAAGUUCACGUCGCCUGCAAUGAAGCCCGGAACAUACACCCAGGUCCUCUACCAGGGCGAGUUCAAGGUCAAGGCCGCCAGCGUUACCGUCAGCGCGGGCUCUACCACCACUGCUAACAUCGCCGCCACCACCGAGACCAAGACUUCCGUCUGGCGCAUCGGCGACUGGGAUGGCAAACCCACGGGUUUCAGAAACGCCGCGAAUCAGCUGCGCAUGCACCCUUCAGACACUCGCAUGGACUCAUGGGGUCCUUUGACAUACACUGUCGGCUCGUCCAGCCUCGGUAACGUGCCAAUGGCGCUCGUCAAGGACACCAACCAACUCACUAUCAAGUUCACCGGCGCCACUGGCUCGACCCUUCGCGUCGGGACCACGCUUUCGUUCGCGGGCUGUCGACCCGGUGUAGUGGUGAAUUCUUGGACUGCUACCACGCCUGCUGCGCCGACGAAGAUCGACUCCAGAGGUCUGACGCGUGGUGCGUACCGUGGAUUUGGCGAGGUGUAUGACUUCGCUAUCCCGUCGGGUACGUUGACUAGUGGGACCAACACUGUCACUAUCACUUGUGUUAGUGGUAGCACUGGCGAUGCCUUCCUUGCGCCGAACAUUAUUCUCGACGCGAUAGAGUUGUUCCAGUGA